UAUGGCCACAAAAAGAAAGUAUUAAAGGAUUGUAGUUGAUGACUAAAAGCCUGAUUUGAAUGUGAUUAGGGUAGCUACUAAGGCUUAAUUAUCAAAUCAAGUCAGAAAAGCUUUAUGGCUUCUUUAAGGAACCCGUAAAGAAGAUCAACCCCCCGUUCAAGAUACAAUCUACAUCACAGCUAUCGAAAAUGCCAUCUCCAAAGCAGUUAUUAUUGCAGAAGUUGUUAGAAGAAGAAUUGCUGGAAUAUAUUAAAUAAACAAAAUCUAAACUGUCUAGAUUAAUGAAGAAUAUGAACCAAUUGAAGAAGGAUUAGUGAAAGUCAAAGUCACUAAAAAUUUGGCCUCUUUACAAAUCAAAUUGACAAAGACUCCAACCGAAUAAGAUAGAAAAGAGCCUGGAUUCCUUGUAAAAAUAUAAUUUUAAUAUUUAGGAACCAUUGCCUGCUGAUUAAGUUCAACCAACCAGAGAAAGAAACGACAGAUAAAGAAGUGGAAGCAGAAGACCAAGAAAUGAUAGCUAAAGAAAUACUAGAGAUAGAAGAGACAACAGAGAUAGUAGAGAUUAUAAAGACAGAAGAGAUAAUAGAGACAAUAGAGAUAAUAGAAGAGAAGACAGAAGAGAUAAUAAUAGAGAUAACAGAGAUAACAGAGACAACAGAGACAACAGAGACAACAGAGAUAGAAGAGAUAAUAGAGAUAAUAGAGAUAAUAGAAGAGAAGACAGAAGAGAUAAUAAUAGAGAUAAUAGAGAUAACAGAGACAACAGAGAUAGAAGAGAUAACAGAGACAACAGAGACAAUAGAGACAAUAGAGACAACAGAGAUAAUAGAGACAGAAAAGAUAACAGAGAUAAUAGAAGAGAUGAGAGAAGAAAUCCUCCAUAGAAUGAAGCCAACAGUGAAAGACCCACAACCUAAAAAAGUAGAGGUGCUCCAAGAACACAACAAUAAAGUUGAUU